UCAUGAGAAGAGACAUGCUCCAUUUUUUUUAGUCGUUUCUAGGGUGUUUCUAGAGUUCCUAACUUUAUAUUCUGAUUUCUGUGCGCUCUUUGGUUUUUCGUGGAAUGUGUCGUAGCUGUUAAUACGUAGCUGUUUUUCCACGUUAUUAAAUAAUACGCGUUUCUUCAAGCCAGGAGAGUAAUUGACGACGUCGUGGGUCGUAACUGACGACGUCAAGUAACGUCGAAUACAUUCCUCAGGAAAUUCGUUUGAUUCGCGCGUCGAGGGCGGUUCAACUGCUGUCCAGAAUAUUCCAAGAGGAGGAUUUGCAUAGACUCGUGCGUUUAAAUUGCUAAUUAUCACUGUCUUUUCUUUAACUUCCUCUCGUCCUCUUCAUUGUUUUUUAUACUUGAAGACAAAUGCAUGUAAAGGCACGCGAGCAGCCAUUCUCGAAUUCGGAAUCGCACAGUCAUACUGGAUAAGACAACGUGUGCAUUAAUAUUAAUGUAUUGUGUAUGAUAGCUUGUUGACUAGAUUAUCCAGAGACCCUCUCAUCAUGGUUAACGCUAGGGUAUUCUUUGACAUCGAAGUCGGUGGACUGCCAAUGGGCAGAAUAGUCUUUGAGCUGUUUUCAGAUACUUGUCCCAUAACAUGCGAGAACUUUCGUGCAUUAUGUACUGGAGAAAAGGGACUUGGGAAUACGACGGGGAAGCCACUACAUUAUAAAGGCAUUGUUUUUCAUAGGGUUGUAAAAGAUUUUAUGAUUCAAGGUGGAGACUUCUCAAUAGGUAAUGGGACUGGUGGCGAGUCGAUUUAUGGUGGUACAUUUGCAGAUGAAAAUUUUAUUAUGAAACAUAACAAACCAUUCUUGUUGUCAAUGGCAAAUCGUGGUAAAGAUACCAAUGGCUCACAAUUUUUUAUUACAACACAACCAGCGCCUCACCUCGACAAUGUCCACGUGGUUUUUGGAGAAGUAGUGUCUGGGCAAGAGAUCGUUACGCAUAUCGAAGGACUUCCAGUAGACCGAAUGUCACGUCCGUUGCAAGAUGCUAAGGUUGUAAACUGUGGCGAAUUAGUUUUGAAGCUCAAAAGUAAAGCGAAAAAACGAGAAGUAAAGCAAAGUAGUUCGGCGGAUUCAGAAUCUGAUUCUUAUGCUGAUAAGACAAAAAAGAAAAAAAAGAGCAAGAAAAGCAAAAAGAGACCAAAGUCGGAAGACGGUGAAAUUCGAGAUUCUAAUGAGGAAGACGAGGGACAACCUCAUCCGCUGGUGUCCGUUACCAAAAUUGAUCCCGAUGAAAUUCCAGAAGUACCAGCAAAUAAAUUUUUAUACAGAGCAGGAUCCACUAAUAAUGCGAAUCAGAAGGAAUUCAGACAACAUUACGGAAGAGAUCGUGUACGAUCUCAUAGAAAGACUGGCCGUGUUUUCAAGGGUAGAGGAAUAUUUCGAUAUCACACGCCUUCUCGAAGUCGUUCCAGAAGUGUAACACCACCUCAUUGGAAGCAAGCUCAAAAUCGUACUAUCAAAUUGCAUGAAUUUCAGAAAAUAGAAAAAGAUCGUCAAAAAAAAGAAGAGGAGUUUAAACAGCGCGAAACUGAUAGAAUUAAAAGAUUUGUAGAAAAUCCCAAUGAGAAUGAUCAAAUGCCAGAUAACUUGGAUAACAAUAUAUGCACGACGGAAUUAAUGGAGAAUAAAGAGAACGAUCAGACAAAUGAGACACCAUCUAUGACUAAAAUGGCACAAGACGAUAACGUGGAGGGAAAUGACGUGCAAAACAAAGAGGAGAUUAAGCGUAGCAAGAAUGAGAAGUCUUAUAAACGUGAUACUAAUCGAUCCUACAACGAUAGAAACUCCCGACGUGAUUCCAAGGAUAGAAGCAGAAGACGCGGCGGACGUUCUCGGUCCAGAGAUCGCCGAAGAUCCAGAGAGAGGGAGUAUGAUCGUAGAGCGACGAGUCGUGAUAGAAGAAAUCGGAGAAAUUAUUCUCCUCGCAGGCGAGAUUUUUAUAGAUCCUACAGACCGGGAAGAGAUAGUUACAGGCAUUACGAUAAGCGCAACGAUCGACGCCGAAGUAAUUUUAAUUCCUAUCAGGACAACGAUGUCAACUCCCGCUACGACAAAAACAAGUAUAAAAGAAAUGAUAAUGUACCGGACACGAGCCAAGCUAAAUUUAAACGGCGCUCGCGGUCAAGCAGCUCCAGCAGCCAGCACUCCAAAGAUUAAUCUGCGUUUCACAUUCUUCCUUUCGCUAAUCGACACCAACGAAAUACUGUUAAAAUUUUGUGACUGUUAUUUGAAUCUGUGUCUGAUAUAUUUGAACGAUUAGCUUGUGCAGUAUUUAUUAGAAUUUUAAGGGGAUCCUGGAGUGCCUUUGAAAUUUGAUCGAGGUCGAUAAUGUAGUCAUUCGUGCACAUCUUUUUUAGAAUUAAAGUACACAUAUUAAUAUCAAUCUAUGAAUUGAAUUUUAUAUUGAGAACGAAAAAAGUUUGUCUUAUAUUGCUCUACUUAUCGACUUUUUACGCGUGUAUAACCUAAAUUUUCGUUUUUUCAUUUUCCAAUUGGCGGAAUGCGAAUCUUUUCUAGGCUUCUAAUCUUAUUUCUAAUUGCACGAUAUUGUUCCUGAAAGUUUUUUCUAGGGGGCAACGAGACCAUUUUAUACAUAAGCUGUAGAUUUUUCGUAUAAAGUAAAUAUUGUCAUUGGGUGAUUAAUAAAUAACAAUUUUUUUAAAUUUAUCAGAACAAAUCGUACGUCGCUCCCUUCAUUUUUGUGCGUAUUUUAAUUGUGUAAAAAGAUUUUGCAUUUUGUUAUUCCAAUUUGAAGACCUAAGUUCGCAAAAAUAUGUCGGUAACUGUCAUUCCAGGAUUCCUUUAAUAGAUAAGUACACAUCUGUGACAUAUAUAUUGCUGUAAAACUACACUUUUGAUAUUAUUUAUGGAUAUAUUAUAAUUACGGGAAUGCAGUGUUUUUAAUGAAUAUAAUUAAUUUUAAUUAAUUAUAGUUUUAUAUAUAUCUAAAUAAUAAUAAAAAGUGUAAAAUUAGUACUGCAUUAUCUAAUCGUUCAAAUUUUUGUAGUCACGCAAAUAUCUUUCGGGUAAUCUAUGCCAUGGUAUAAAGAAACAAGGUAUGCUCUUACGCAUGAAAAGAUUAAUCGAUUGAAAUGGUAAAACAAGUAGCUGGCCAUAUUCAUAUCAGCAUUUUGCCAGCAAUACUUAAAACGCGAUAUUUAAAUAAAGAAAGGAUUCAGUGAAUUUAUUUAAGGUCUACUGUGAUUUAUUAUUAACAUUUUGUUAUGUAUAUUGUAAAAAAUAACCAUUCUUUACAAAAACAAAUCACCUUACUAUUAUUUUAUUGAAGGCAACUUGUUCUAACGCCGUAUGUGCAGAAUGAAUUCAAAUUUAGUUUAUUUUAUUUAGGGCAUCUUUUCUUUAUACUAUGGUCUGUGCGUGAUACUCAUACUUCACCAAUGCUGUUGAGCACUUUAAUAUUGUAAUUAUGCUAUCGAUGUACAAUCACCGACAUAUUAGUUUAUAAAUCAAUAAUGUUGGAGCAAUAUAUCUUGAUUCUUUUUCGAUAUAUUUAUGAUUGAUGUGCAUGUUCUAUCAUUGGAAUGUACAAUAAGGUUAAUCUUAUUAUUUACACGCUGUUAUGAAAGUGUCUAUUUUUCGCAUCUCUCCUCUUCUAUGUUAUAUAUAUAUUUUUUCCCCCAAAAAUAUUUCUUUAUAAAGACUCCAGAAUUUCUUUUAUAUAUAAAGUUCAAAUCUUAUUCUAUUUGAUAGGAUUAGUUAAAUUAGAUAAAAUUGGAUCUUUCAGGAAAAUUAAUAAUAAAUUAAAUUAACGAUUAGAAAA